AUGGGUCUCAUGUGCGCUAACAACGCGCUAGUAAGUCAACGCAGCAACAGUCCAACUACCCACCACGGACGAGGAGCAGCAAAAACGAAUAUGUCGAACGUUAUCGCUGCAGCGAGGAGCGAGGUGAGCUGCGGGGGCAACCAGUGGGCUUCACGAAUAGUGGGUGGACAAGAAAGACUGCGCCCACGUUGGCAAGAUGCGACUGCCUAUCGACAAGACGCCUUAACGUCGGCAUGCGUCGUAACUUCGGCUGGUGGUCAGCGUACAAACCGACGAAACAUCGGCCUCUAUCGCAGGUUCCGGCCAAACAAUAGCCGGACGGAUGGACAGACAGACGGGCGGACAGACGUCGCGCUUGCGGAUAGGGCGACUACCACGACCAGACGCAGACUAGACGGCGGCGACUGCAGCGCCGACAUGACGUCUUGCAGCAGGUGUUCAAAGCAACCGUUGUCGCGCGAACCGUCCAAGCCGAACCAAUGCGCCACCGUUCGCAUGCGACAUCGCGCCACUAUGAACUUCGUAUCUCCUCAUCGAUUGCCGAACGCCAGUGACGUGACAGUGGUGCACUUCAGUUUCACGAUGUACAUCUGCAUAUGUACACCAACGCCAGCAGAACGAGCCAACGUCCGUUCUUGGUCAUUUUUCCGGUUCGGUCGAUGGGUGAUGAAUAUCGUUAAGCUAGUCUGCAGCGCAACGAACGGAACGGAAGGUCGUAAAUCGGCGGCCAUCGGCUAUGCGCACGUAGUUCUGCCGGACAAGAGGCAAAAAGCGUCAGUGCGACAGAUAGCCUGCGAAGACGGCGAACAGUAA